AUGAGUGGUCUGCGUGUGGUUUACAUGGCUGAGCGAGAAGUUGAUCCCGAUAGUUCCAACCUACCACCCAGUCUGCUAAGCGAAGCCCUUGCGGCAGAAGACUAUGGGUUUCUUGGUGUUGACCUCCUGCUCACCUGUCAAUGGCCAAAGCACAUUAAUAAGUCCAUUGUUGGUAAAUUUCCUGAUGAUUGUCAACCGUGCAUUGAUUCUGCUUCUACGUUGAUUUCGCGAUUGGCAUAUCUCACUCGACCGCGAUACCACUUUUCAUGUGGGAAUGGUACAUAUUACGAGAGAUCACCAUACAGAAAUCACCGUGUAUUACAAGAGAAAGCAUGCCAUACUACACGUUUUAUAGCUUUGGCUGAUGUAAAAAAUCCUUUAAACCGGAAGUAUUUAUAUGCCUUGAAGUUGAUUCCUAUUGAUAAAAUGGAGCAUCAAGACUUGAUCAAUCAACCUCCGGAUGUUACGGAGAAUCCAUAUCUUGGGAUUAUUGAUGGCGAACCUUCAGCAGAUAAAGAAAUAGAGGUUCAGACAGACCAAUACUUUUAUAAUCUCAAUGUUCACAUAGAAUCAAAUGGUUUCCAGAAGAAAGGCAUUUCACAAAAGCGUAAAAAAAAUGAUGCUUUAUCAGAGGACUCUAAUUGCAUGAAACAACAGUUCAUUGAUAAAGAAGAGGAAGAUUCUAGUCAAAAAGGCUUCCAAGAAAAAAUUGACAAAAACAGAAAUCAUGACUCUUGUUGGUUUUGCUUAGGCAAUCCACAAGUUAAAAAGCAUUUAAUUGUUAGUAUUGGUACUCAAGCAUAUGUAGCGUUACCCCGUGGGUCUAUUGUACCUGAUCAUGUGUUAAUUUUAACCAUUGGUCAUCAUCAAAGUUGGGUCGCUUGUCCUGAUUAUGUUCGUGUAGAGAUUGAAGAAUAUAAAUCACGAUUAAAACGUAUGUUUACUGCACAGGGUAAAGCAAUGGUGGUAUUUGAGAGGAAUUUGAAGACACAUCAUUACCAACUUCAAGUUGUUCCUGUACCAUUUUCUGUAGCUGCUGAAGUAAAACAAGUAUUCCUUGAUUUGUCAGUUAAUUUUGAGGGUAGUCCAUGUGAAUUGAAACCAUUUCCGCGUAAAACAGAAUUGGAUGAAAUUUGCAGAGUUGGAAUUCCUUACUUUUUUGUUGAACUUCCUACUGGCGAGAAACUUUUUGGACGUAUUUCAAAAGAUCGAAUAUCCAGUGCAAACUUACAGUUUGGUCGUAUCGUCCUAACAGAUCCGCGUAUUUUAAAUUGUCCAGAGAAAGCUGAUUGGCACGACUGUACAGAUGGUGAAGAUGAAGAAGCUGAUCUGGCUAAACAUUUCCGGCGAAUGUUUUCCCCCUAUGAUACAGAAUAA